GAGCUGCGCACAUGGGAAGAAGAGCUGACUCGUGCUGCUGUUGAACAGAAAAACCAUGAGGAGUUGCUACGAAGGCGGGAACAGGAGCUGGCAGAACGUGAGAUUGACAUCCUAGAAAGGGAGCUCAACAUCAUCAUCCACCAGCUGUGUCAGGAGAAGCCUCGGGUGAAAAAACGCAUGGGGAAGUUCAAGAGGAACCGGCUCAAGUUAAAAGAUGGCAAUCAUAUCAGCCUGCCUUCAGAUUUCCAGCAUAAAUUCACUGUGCAGGCUUCUCCAACGAUGGAUAAAAGGAAAAGCUUGAUCAGUAGCUGCUCCAGCCCUCCUGCAAGUCCUACCAUUAUUCCCAGACUCAGGGCCAUACAGUUGACGCCUGCUGAAAGCAGUAAAACAUGGGGACGAAGCUCAGUCCUUCCAAAGGAGGAAGGAGAGGAAGAAGAGAAGAGAGGCCAGAAGAAAAAGGGUCGCACCUGGGGACCGAGCUCACUUUGUCACAAGGAGCUAGGUGCAGGAGAAGAUGGUCUGAAAGCUCUGGUAGAAGGAUACAAACAGUGGUCAUCCAGUGCACCAAACCUUGGGAAGAUCCAGAGAACUGCACCUGCUUUUCCAGGAUUCACCAGCUUAGCAGAGAUGGAUGAUGAAGACAGUGAAUGUCUUAAUGGGGAGGGCAAAGUGCACCCUUCACCUGGGCACAAUCAGUCAUACCUCUGCAUCCCAUUUCAGAAGAAUGAAGACUGGGAUGGCCCUUCUAGUGAUGCCAAUGAGGAGUCCACCCCUGUGAACUCUGCUACUAGUACCCCACAGCUGACACCCACCAACAGUCUCAAACGUAGUGGCUCCCACCACAAGCGAUGUGAGGUUGCAUUGCUUGGCUGUGGAGCAGUGCUGGCUGCUGCAGGCCUGGGGUUUGAUCUGUUAGAAGCAGGGAAGUGUCAGCUGCUGAUUGAGGAGGAGCCAGAGGCACCCAAGGAAGAGAAGAAGAAGCGCGACAGCAUUUUCCAGCGAGCUGGACGCCCACGCAGGAGCACUAGUCCACCUUCCCGAAAGAUCUUCAAGAAAGAGGAUCCUAUGUUGUUGCUAGGCGAGCCAUCCACAUCCCUCACCCUUCUUUCCCUGUCUUCCAUUUCCGAAUGUAAUUCCACCCGGUCCCUGCUGCGCUCAGACAGUGAUGAGAUUGUGGUGUAUGAAAUGCCUGUCAGCCCAGUGACAGUCAAGGCUCCCUUGCCAGCCAUUACCAACCCCCUAGUCAAUGUCCAGAUUGAGAGGUUCAAACAAGACCCCAACCAGUCCCUGACUCCCACACACGUGACAGUCUCUUCCCACACCCAGCAGAGCGGGCACAGGCGCACACCUUCUGAUGGGGCCAUCAAAGGGAGUGGACUAGUUGUCAAUGGGUGCCCAACCAGUGGAUGCCCUUCCAGUAGCUGUUUAACUGGAGCACUGGGAGCAGGUGUAUUAAAAACACCUAGUCCAAGUAGAGAUCCCAAUGAGGUUCCUCGCCUGCCAGACCCCAACCUUGUUUUUCCUCCAACCCCAAGACGAUGGAAUGCACAGCAGGACCCCACACUGGAAAGACCCAAGACAUUGGAGUUCCUGCCCCGGCCACGUCCUGCAGCCAGUCGGCAGCGGCUCGAUCCCUGGUGGUUUGUGUCACCCAGCAAUGCCAAGGGUGAAUCUUCUGCCAACAGUUCAAGUACUGAUACUCCAAGCAAUCUGGACUCUUGUUUUGCUAGUAGCAGCAGCACUGUAGAAGAGAGACCUGGACUGCCUGCACUGCUUCCUUUCCAGGUGGGUCUUCCUGUAGAGGAGCGGACACUGUUGGACAUAGAUGCUGAGGGGCAGAGCCAGGACAGCACCAUUCCGCUAUGCAGAAGUGAACUUAACACACACAAAGCUGCAGCAUAUGAACUCAAGCAAGAAUUCUGGUCUUAG